CCUUGAUUCACGCGUUUCUCGCGUCCUCCACCUUGUCACGACCAUGCCCCGAGAAAUCGUGACAGUGCAGCUAGGCCAAUGUGGCAAUCAAAUGGGUUCUGUGUACUGGCAGCGCCUCUGCGCUGAACAUGGCAUCAACAAGGAAGGCAUCCUCGAGGAAUGGGCCACCGAAGGAGGUGACAGGAAGGACGUGUUCUUCUAUCAGGCCGAUGACGAGCACUACAUCCCACGCGCUAUCCUGGUCGAUCUCGAGCCGCGAGUCAUUAACAAUAUCCUGGCUUCACCGUAUGCAAACCUUUACAACCCCGAAAACAUAUUUGUUUCCAAGGAUGGUGGUGGUGCGGGAAAUAACUGGGCACAAGGGUACGCAGCUGGUGAAAGGAUAUACGAGGAGGUCAUGGAGAUGGUUGACCGCGAGGCUGAGGGAAGCGAUUCGCUAGAGGGCUUCAUGCUGAUGCACUCAAUAGCAGGCGGAACAGGCUCUGGGCUUGGAUCUUUCCUUCUCGAGAGACUAAAUGACAAAUUCCCAAAGAAACUCAUACAGACAUAUAGUGUCUUUCCUAAUGCCCAGGAGGGUGACGUCGUGGUGCAACCCUACAACUCGAUAUUGACACUCAAACGUCUUGUGAACCAUGCGGAUUCCGUGGUGGUACUGGAUAACGGCGCGCUGGCGCGUAUAUCGGCGGAUAGGCUGCAUGUGCAGACUCCUACAUUUGACCAGACAAAUCAGCUUGUAUCAACCGUAAUGGCAGCUAGCACGCAGACGCUUCGCUAUCCUGGGUACAUGAACAAUGAUCUGGUUGGGAUAAUCGCGUCUCUGAUCCCAACGCCUCGAUGCCACUUUUUAAUGACUUCCUACACUCCCUUUACCAGCGAUCAGAUUGACAAGGCAAAACCCAUUCGACGAACAACUGUCCUGGAUGUCAUGCGCCGUCUUUUGCAGCCCAAGAACCGCAUGGUCUCUACGACUCCGAGCAAAACAGCGUGCUACAUCUCUAUAUUGAAUAUCAUCCAGGGAGAUGUUGAUCCUACUGAUGUACAUCAGUCUCUCCUCCGGAUCCGAGAACGGCAACUCGCCAACUUCAUCCCAUGGGGUCCGGCUUCGAUACAGGUAGCGCUAACGCGAAGAUCACCCUACAUACAGACGAAUCACCGUGUUAGCGGGCUGAUGCUCGCUAACCAUACCAGUAUUGCCUCGCUAUUCAAGCGUAUGCUGGACCAAUUUGACCGACUGAGAAAGCGGAAUGCGUUCAUGGAGCAGUACAAGAAGGAGAAGAUGUUUGAGAAUGGACUGGAAGAAUUUGAUGAUGCACGAGCAACGUGCGAGGAGCUGCUGAAAGAGUACAAAGCCUGUGAAAGUCCUGAUUAUAUCACAUAUGGUGGUCCCGAGGACGCGUCAUGAUUCGGCUCCGUUCCAUUUGCAUCUCCGAUAGUUAUCUGCCUUGUAUCUCUUGUAGUAUUGAACAUAGCAAUCUUAUCCAAAUGGCUAAAAG